AGAGCUUGACUUGAGUCACUUGCUCAACUCAUCCGGUCUGACGGCCAGAGUUCUGCCCUUUUACUGGUACUGUACUGACUUGUGCAUGGACAAAUUUUGUACGGUGGCGGUCUGACCAAUUUGUUCGAGAGACAUGGAGAUGACGAAUGUGUACUCAUCGACAGCUGCGAAACAGAGACUGGAAUUAAUCACCAUCCGGUUCGGAUAAAUCUCAAGCAAGCAGUCGCAUGCAAUCCUCGAGUCUGUCGUGCAGUACAGUGAGAUGGUGAACGAGGACGGGCGGACAGACGCUGGUGAAUUUCAAUCGAGAAUCGGUCAGUUUGAAUCGAGAAGACAAGGCACAGUUUCUUGUGUCUCUGGCGCAGGCUUGACAUUUCGGAUUCAGAAUUUUGUGGACCAGGACUGCAAGAUGAAGACCAGCAUUGCUGUGACGUGAAGGGCGUUUGCGCUUGGUCUCUGUUGACAGCAGGGUUUAGGCUCUACUUGUCAACUCACCGGAAACGACAUUUGCGAAAACAUGGGAAGCUGUGGCUGUACAAAGAUGUUUCAUCCUGGGAUGAUGCGCGUAGUUUGGACUCAAGGGCAUCGCUUUGUGCCUGCCACAACCUCACUUCUUCUGCGCCCGCAAUGUAGACGAGUUGAAACGUCCAGCCUUUCCUCGUUUGUGGACCUGCGUCUUCCUUCUCGACUAUUUCCAGUCAGAAUUACUACCCUAGUGCCUGCAGGAUACUGUAGACAAAUUGUUUCCGCAAUUGGUUUGAACGAAGAGCAAGCAGCAGCCGUCAAAACUGAAGCAAAUUGUGUGAGGGUAUUAGCAGGCCCGGGUUCUGGCAAAACGCUUGUACUUACCUGCCGCAUAGCCCACCUUAUAAAAAAGCGAGGAGUUAACCCGUCGAACAUGCUGUGCAUAACAUUCACUAAUAAAGCAGCAGAUGAGCUUCGGCAAAGACUGAGGAAGCUGCUCGGUGAAGAGAUAUCUGCUAAACUUACUAUAGGAACGUUUCAUAGUGUCUGUGCACGCGUCUUGCGGGAGAUUGCAACAAAGGAAGAGGUUGGAGUCGACAAAGACUUUGUCAUCUAUGAUGAACAAGAUGCUGGAAGAGUGGUGAAAGCCAUAUUAGAAGAGAUUCUCAAUAACACCGAAGGUAACAAUUCUGUGAAGGAGGAGCUUUCCAGUGAAGAACUGGGAAGCAAGAAGAAGAAAAAGCAGCUCUCUGUUCCGACCAAAGAGGUCCAGGAAACGCUGGAUUUGAUUGCGGGACUGAAGCAGUUCGAGUUAAAAAACUUCGUAUUGAAACGGAGUCAAUCUUCUCAGGUUCUUAAGAUGCCUUUCAAGUAUACGAAGAUUCAGCACUUGGCGAAACGCUACCAGAGUGCCUUGAGGACGUACAAUGCUGUAGAUUUCGAUGACCUUAUCUACCUUACAAUCCGCCUCUUUUAUCUCAAAAACGAAUUUUGGGAGAAAUAUCAGAAACGUUGGAGCUACGUUCUUGCAGAUGAGUUUCAGGAUACGGAUGUGGCCCAGUAUAUACUCGUGCGAAAAUUGUGCAUGAACAAUAAGAACCUGUUUGUCGUUGGAGACGUGGAUCAGGCCAUAUAUGGAUGGCGGGGCGCAGACUACAAAAAUAUGCAAGAUCUUGGCCGUCAUUUUCCAGAACUCACCACUCUCGAGCUGCGGAGAAAUUACCGUUCAUCUCAAAGUAUCCUGACACUGGCCUCAGAAAUAAUGAAUCAAUCUUCUAGGAGCAACAAUUCUUUAAAGCCUUUGAAGCUGGAACCCGUGAAGGCCGGUGGUGCACUCGUAACGAUAGCUCAUUUCGAAAAUUCUGAAGAAGAGGCAAAGUACAUUCAUAACAAAAUACGAUCACUCAUCUCGAGGAAGCAGGCUUCGUAUAAUAGUUUUGGAAUUCUGUACCGAACACGAAAUCAGGGACAAACAUUUGAAAGGAUGUUCAUUGAGAAUGGAAUUCCUUAUUCUAUCAGCGGAGCUACAUCUUUACUGUCUUACAAGGAGGUUAAAGAUUUACGUGCAUACUUGCAGUUAGUGUGGAACCUAGAGGAUGGGGUUGCUCUGGAGCGCGUAAUCAAUACGCCACCUCGAGGACUUGGGCCGACUACGCUAAAAAAUGUUCGAGAGUGGGCUUUAGGGAGGAGCCUCUCACUUCCACAAGGGUUACGGUUAAUUAUAGAAGAGCAACCUUCUCACAAGGACUUGGGGAUCACUGCAAAAGCCAGAAAGUCUCUACUGGAGUUUAGUGAACUCGUGAGCGAACUGGUGGAACUUAGUUCCAGCGAAGAUUUUACUGUGGGAAUGCUUGUUCAGGAAAUUUUAAGCAGGACAAAGUUCUUGGAGCAUCUGGAGGGUUCAGACGAGAACGGUGAGAAGCGCACAGGGCAUAUCGAAGAAUUUCAGGUUCUGGCAAAUAAGCAUGGCUGUGGAAGGCCUGCGCUUGCCAUGUUCCUUGAAUCGAUUGCUCUCAAUUCAGAGUCAGAGGAAGUAGGAAAGGAUGGGAAGAAAUUAGAUACAGUUAAACUCUCAACCCUGCAUGCAGCCAAAGGACUGGAAUUCGACAAUGUUUUCAUCUCAGGGCUGGAAGAAGGAACAUUACCUCAUGUUCGAGGGGAUGUUGAUGAAGAGCGACGCUUGUUUUACGUGGGAGUCACUAGAGCUAGAAAUCAACUUUUCAUUACGCACAGAAAACAGGCUCUUGUACCAGACAUAGGAUUCAGGCAGACCCGAGUAUCAAGUUUUCUAGACCUGCCAAAGAAGUUAUACAAGGAGGAGUGGCAUGAGUCAGACGAUUCUUGGAAGAGUUCGCAAAGUGGAAACUAUAGGAGCGUUGCAGGAGCAAGUAGAUAGACUUCAAUCGAGUUUGCACUGAUCAUUGCACCAUUGCGAUUGUCAUGUACAGUAGUUAUGAGCAAUACAUAAGGUCUACGACCCUAAAGGCAAAAACAUGUGAUGAUGUGUGCAGUGAAAAGCAAUGCAUGUAGUUAGGAUGCGUUUUUGCAGAGUUUCAGAAAACGCAUCAAGCAUGCGGGUAAAUGUGUUUCUCUGAAUCCUGCUAGCUCACAAUUUCCUUUACCGAGGGUAUGUCUAACUUUUUAGAUUUUUCCUGUAAAUAGUCAAGUGUCCAUGACAGUCAUUGGAUUUAAUUUGCAACUAAUUAAAAAUCUAAGUUUGU